AUGCUACCAGAAAACCCUAAGCCACGACCAGCCUACGUGCUUGGGGUAGGCAUGACGAAAUUUAUCAAACCCAGAGGAAAAGUGGACUAUCCAGAGCUGGGCUACGAAGCAGGCAUCAAAGCUCUCCUAGAUGCUCAGAUUACUUACGCCGACGUUAAUGCAGGUGUCGCCUGCUACGUGUACGGCGACUCUACCAGCGGCCAACGAGUGUUUUACCAACUUGGCAUGACGGGUAUUCCUAUAUGGAAUGUGAACAAUAACUGCUCUACUGGGUCUUCUGGCAUUGUGUUGGCGAGAGGGAUGGUCGGAGCCGACUGGUUUGCUGGCGGUAAGAUGGAUUGUGUCAUGGUCAUUGGAUUUGAGAAGAUGUUUCCUGGCUCACUCAAGACCUUCUGGGAUGACCGAACUAGCCCGUCAGCAUUGUCUUCUGCGAUGAUGGAAAAAGAAAAGGGGAAGCGCACGGGCCCACCAGCCGCGCUCAAGUUCGGUGAUGCUGGGAGGGAAUACGCUGACAAGUUCGUUGAGCAUCCCUGGCAUACGACGGUGCCUGUAGCUGACACGGUUUUUAGAUAUGGGGCACUUCCCUCGGACUUUGCAGAGAUUGCUAGGAUUAAUCACGAGCACUCGUCACGUAAUCCUUACUCUCAGUUCAACGAUGUGUACACCCUUGAACAAAUUCAAUCGUCUCCUGUCAUCCAUGAUCUUCUGACCAAGCUUCAAUGUUGCCCAACAUCCGAUGGAGCAGCAGCGGCUAUCAUUGUUUCUCAGUCCUUUCUUGAUGCGCGUCCUCACUUGAGAGAUCAAGCUAUCUUGAUUGCAGGCCAAGGAAUGACAACCGAUACGACCAGUUUAUUCUCCGGCAGUGCGAUGGAUCGGGUUGGAUACCAGAUGUCAAAACUUGCCGCAGAAAAUGCCUUUAAGGAAGCUGGUAUCAGGCCAGCUGAUUGUAAGGUCUGCGAACUGCAUGACUGCUUUUCAGCCAACGAAAUGAUUACCAUUGAUAGCCUGGGUCUAUGCAAACCUGGAAAAGCCCAUGAGAUGGUGAGGAGUGGCGACAUCACCUAUGGAGGAAAGAUGGUCAUCAACCCUUCUGGAGGCUUGAUUUCGAAAGGCCAUCCACUUGGCGCUACAGGCUUAGCACAAUGCGCCGAAUUGACGUGGCAACUGCGGGGCUGGGCAAACAAUAGAUUUGUGAAGUCGGAGUUCGCCCUACAGCAUAAUCUUGGACUCGGUGGCGCCGCUGUGGUCACAAUCUACAAGCGAGCAGAUGGCAAACCGAACGAGGCUGUAAGCGAUGAGGUGAUCGGUCGAAAGAAUUCUCUGGGAUACAAUCCUGCGGUGGUUGCAAAGGUCUUCACGAGAGAAGAGGCCGAUCGAGUGAGAUCUUUUACCAGUAACCACGCGCUUGGAGAUACCGAGAAAACUUUAAGAGCCAGAAUGUGA